AUGGACAGCACCAUCCCAUUGCCUGCAGCUCACCAGGUCUACAAUCAUUCUUGGGAGGACAGGGAGGUCCUGGUGCCAGGACACCUGUUGUCACCCCACUGGACAAUGACUCUCAGGACAGUGUCCAUGGCUGAACCCCGAGAAACGGACUGUCCCUGGAGGAACCUGAGACUGUCAACCUCAGACACCCUUCUGCUUCAGCUGCUCACCCUUCUCUGGUGGAGGGAGAGGGCCGAGGGCCAGGGGAGGCCCAGGAAAAAUUACAAGGAUUACAAACUGCAAGUGCAGGGGUUGGUGACGGUGCAGGAGGGUCUGUGUGUGCGGGUGCCCUGCUCCUUCUCCUACCCCCGGGAUGGCUGGAAUGUGUCUACUCCAGCUCAUGGCUACUGGUUCCAGGAAGGAGCCAGUACAGACCGAGAUCUUCCAGUGGCCACAAACAACCCUGAUCAAAAAGUGCGGGAGGAGACCCAGGCCCGAUUUCACCUCUUUGGACACCCUCGGACCUACAACUGCUCCCUGGACAUCAGAGAUGCCAAGAGGAGGGACAGUGGAAGAUACUUUUUUCGGGUGGAGAGAGGAAAUACAAAAUUUGAUUACAAAUUUAACCGUCUCUUUGUGCAUGUGUUGGCCCUGACCCACACACCCCUCAUCCUCAUCCUGGGGACCCUGGAGUCUGGCCACCCCAGGAACUUGACCUGCUCUGUGUCCUGGGCCUGCGAGUGGGGCACACCGCCCAUCUUCUCCUGGACGUCAGCUGCCCUCACCUCCCUGGGCCCCAGGAACCACCUCUCCUCUGUGCUCACCCUCACCCCACGGCCCCAGGACCACAGUACCAACCUCACUUGUCAGGUGAAGUUCCCUGCGGCUGGUGUGACUGUGGAAAGGACCAUCCACCUCAACGUGUCCUACUCUCCACAGAACUUGACCGUCACUGUCUUCCUAGGAAACAGCACAGCACCCACAACCCUGAAGAAUGGGUCAUCUCUUUCAGUCCUGGAGGGUCAGUCUCUGAUCCUGGUCAGUGUGGUCGACAGCAACCCCCCUGCCAGGCUGAGCUGGGCCCACAGGAAUCAGACCCUGACCCCCUCACAGCCCUCAAACCCUGGGGUCCUGGAGCUGCCCCAGGUGGAGUCGGGGCAUGAGGGUGAAUUCACCUGCCAAGCUCAGCACCCUCGGGGCUCCCUGCAUGUCUCCCUGAGCCUCUCUCUGCAGAGAAAAGCGUGUCCUUUAUCAGGAGUGGCGCUGGGUGCAGUCUGGGGAGCAAGUGCUAAGACUCUGCUCUUCCUGUCCUUCUGCGUCAUCAUCAUCAUAGUGAGGUCCCGCAGGAAGAAAGCAGCAAGGCCAACAGUGGGCUUUGAAGGCAUGGACAUGGAAGGUGCAAACCCUGUCACAAGGUAAGUUCCUCAGGGUCCCCUGACUGAAUCCCAGGCAGACAGCCUCCCAGCCCACCCUCCCCCAGAUGUGGCUGCCCUCUGCUCAGGGGAGGAAGAAGAACACCAUUAUGCAUCUUUCAGCUUUUGUGGGAUGAAGCCUUAGGACCCACAGGAAUGGGAGGCCGCUGGUAGUGAGUACUCAGAGAUCAAGAUCCACAAGUGAGAAACUGCAGAGAUUCAACCCUGGCUUGAGGGAUCACGGCCCCUGUGGGGCAAAGAAAAAGUCAGGGCUGAUUCCAUAGAGUUAAAAUCCCUCUUACUAGUGCAAAGAACACAGACUUUGGAACCAAAGUAUUUUGAGUUUGAGUCCACACUCUGCCUCUUUACUAAGUAAGUGACAGACCAACCCCUACCUCUCUGCCUCAGUUUCCUGCUCUGUGCAACGUGGGAGAGAAGCCCCACCUGCAAGGUUGU